AUGGCGAAGACGUACCAAGUUGCAGUGUUGCCCGGCGACGGGAUUGGCCCUGAGGUGGUCGCACAGGCCCAGCGUGUCCUAGAGCUUGUUUCUGAAAAGUCGAACGUCAAGCUCGCCAUGCAGUCGUACGAUUUUGGCGGCGCCGCAAUUGACGCGAGCGGCGAGCCUUUGCCGCAAGAAACACUGAAAGCGUGCAAGGCUGCCGAUGCGAUUCUCCUUGGUGCGGUCGGCGGCCCGAAGUGGGGCGUUGGCAAGGUGCGCCCCGAGCAGGGCCUCUUGGCGAUUCGCAAGGAGCUUGACCUGUACGCCAAUAUCCGCCCGGCGCUUUUCCCUUCCGAUUCGCUCCUGGAGCACUCCCCCCUCCGCGCUGAUGUCGCGCGCGGUACGCAGUUCAUUGUCAUCCGCGAGCUUGUUAAAGGCCUCUACUACGGCGACCGCAAAGAAGCCGACUUGGACACGCCCGGAUCCAAAGGCGAGGCGUGCGAUAUGAUGGUUUACGAUAGAGCUGAUGUGCAGCGUAUCACGCGUCUUGCCGCACACCUUGCGCUGAAGUCGAACCCUCCUGCUAAGGUGCAUUCUAUCGACAAGGCCAACGUGCUUGCCACCAGCCGUCUCUGGCGCCGCGUCGUCCAGGAGACGAUCGACAGCGAGUUCAAGGACAAGGGUGUAGAAGUUGACCAUCAGCUCGUGGACUCGGCGGCUAUGAUCAUGGUUGCAAACCCACGCAAGCUCAACGGGAUUGUGCUUACUGAGAACAUGUUUGGCGAUAUCCUCUCGGACGAAUCGUCCGUGAUUCCAGGCGCGUUGGGUCUUCUCCCCAGUGCAUCGCUCUCCGAGUUGCCGACGGGCGAGCAGCCCGCCAAGGGCUUGUACGAACCUAUCCAUGGAUCCGCGCCGGAUAUUGCCGGCAAGGGCAUUGCGAAUCCUGUAGGUACGAUUCUCUCUGCUGCCUUGCUGCUCCGUUGGUCGCUGGGGCUUGAUAAGGAGGCCACCGCCGUGGAGCAGGCUGUGCGCAAAGUUUUGGACAGUCAGGACAUUGGAGGAUAUGGCCUGCGCACCAGCGAUCUUGGCGGCAAUGCAUCUACGAAGCAAGUUGGUGACAAGGUCCUCGAAAUUCUCGCAACGCUCCUCUAG